AUGCAACUAAACUUGAGUAUUCGAAACCCAGUGGUCCAACCUGUCGCCUCCCCGUCUUUUGCUGUUGAUCUCAACAGCAGCGUAGGCGACGAGGUAGGUUCAAGGGAAAAUCCGCCGAACCCUUUACUGGGCGUUGCACCGCUUGGCGUUGGAGACGGAUUGUUGGGUGAUGUAGAGGAGGAUGACGUCGAGCCGGAUAUGAUUGACGAUGACAGCGGCGAUGAUAUUGGAGCGAGUGAGCCUGCAUUGGCGGUAGGUGGUUCUAGCACUGGCACACAGCAGUAUCCACCACAUUUUUCCUCCUUGGACUUGGAUGCCAUGAGGCAGAAGGGGGUUUCUGGGCACUCUGUUGGAUUCGAAGCUAGAGAUGCGGAAGGGACUGCUGGUCUGACAGAGUUCCAGACUUACAGCAUCCAGCGAGGGGUACAGUACAAGGUAGUGGAGUCUGAUUAUCGCAGGGCUGAUGCAUCCGUAAGCAUAAAGGUGCUCCUGAAUGCCACGGCAGCACACUUUGGGUUUAGGCCGACUUACAGGAGGGUCUGGAUGGCAAAGCAAAAGUCAAUCGCCCUCAUCUACGGUGACUGGGAUGAGUCAUACAACGAGAUACCUAGGUGGGUGUUGGGUGUCCAGCUGACGAUGCCUGGUACUGUUGCAGUCCUAAGGACGAGCCCCGUUCGAGUUGGAGGACAGGUGGACGAGUCUCAAGCGUAUUUUCACAGACUUUUCUGGACUUUUCCUCCGUGCAUCGAGGCAUUCCGUCAUUGCAAGCCGCUAUUUAGCAUUGACGGCACACAUCUGUAUGGGAAGUAUGGGGGAACGUUGCUCAUUGCGAUUGCACAGGACGGGAUUCUGGACCCACGACGGGCCCACGGUGAUUCCGGACCCUGA